UUAUUCAUUUUUCGCGGGUCUUGGCAAAGCAACGGUCAUCUCGUCCUCGAUUGAGUCGAGUCCCGGUCGGCCAGUGAUAUCAUGACAACUGUUGGCAAUGGCAAUUUUGAGUGCGCUCACAACUGAAGAACUUCUGCUGCAGCUUUCCAAAUGUGGAUUGGAGGUUACAGAGGAUGAGCGGAAAAAAUUCACAGGUAUCCUUCAGGUGAAGAUUAUGUGAAGGUUGCCAAGGCACUUGUUACCAAAUACCCUUUUUUGAAGGAUAUAGAAGGGAAUGGAUAUCACACCUGGCACAUGUCAUUGAAAAGGAAGUUCAAAACUGAACGUUCACCACUCGUGGAUGAAGAAGAAGUCAAACAAUUCAAAGCAAAAUUUGGUCAUCGCAAAGGCAAGUCCAAAGAGGCACCAACCCAGACUACGUGUGAAAGAAGACGUGAAAUGAGAAAUGAGUCUGAAGAAGGUCCUAUUGGCGAAGAUGCUGUCUCAAUUGAUGCCCAUGUAAAAGUCUUGCAAAUGCAGUAUGAACGGACUCAACCAGAUAGAACCAUUGUGGAGGAAAAAAUGAGACGCACAUUUCUCUGGAGAAGACGUGAGCUGCAACAAGACGGAAUGUCAGCUGUUGAGGCCAUCAGAAAGUAUCCCUUCCUGAAAACACCAUGUGGGCUGUAUCAAGAAAUGGGACGAAUCUGCAAAAUCACAGAUUUAAGCCAACGUUUCCGAGAAUCAUUCAGAAGUCUGGUACCCUCUGUGCUGAAAGCAGUCCAUGGGAAGUCCUGUCUGGAGAAGGAAUAUUUGGAGGCCAGAGCUAAAGUAACUUCAGAGGAAGUUGACGACCUAGAGUUCCGAGCUGCCUUGGUGCUCUUACCAACUAUCUUCAAAGAGAAACUGGACAACUACAUUGCACUGAAUGAUGGAGAUCCAGCUACACCUUACCCAACUGUUCAGGUGGCCGGCACAUCAAACUGGAGACGAGUAUUCAGCGAGCGUAGACUCCCCGUGAACAUCAAGGUGGAUGGAACCGAAUUCUGCAGUGCGGUCGGUGUUGAAGAUGGAAUCCUCUCUGCAUUUUGCAUGUAUUUUGUCUACUACCUACAGUACCCUAGCCACAACAAGAACACUCUUCUUUUUAUGCAAAGACAUGUCUUGAAAGUGACUGACCCUGCUGAUAAACCAUUGCCAACAGCAGUAGUCAGGGCCAUUAACCUGUUGGCUUGAAAAUGCC